AUGGCUAAAGCAUCAAGCAGCAAACUUCCAGCAGACUCGCCGGCCAAGAAGGUCAGCUACGUAGCUUCCCAGGCUAGCGAAUCGGGCGCAGAGGAGGAAGAAGAGGAAGAGGAGCAGGAAGAAGUGGAAGAGAGGUCUGAGCGGGAUAGUCUGUUGGGGGACGAUGAUACGUCCUCGGCGGAUAGUGAUGAGCUGGAGGACGUCGCACCUAGACGAAGGGAUAAUGGGGAGGCUUCCGGCUCGGGAUCUAGAAGAGGUGCGAUGGGACAACUGCCACGAUAUGCCCCGCCGAACGGUAUGAUGCCACUCCCGCUGAGCGUCAACUUUGCUUCGUCGCCGUUUGAAUGGGAUGCUAUGGCGAAGGCGCAAGGAGUGGAACUUUGGUCGAUCCGUGCACCUGUAGACCUCAAGUCGUCCCGCCUUACCGCUCUGAACAUUGCCAUGGGCUCUUCUGGUCCUUCUGGCUCUCUUACUGUCAAAUCCAGCUCCUACUCCCUUCACUCGGCCGGCUUCCCCACGCCAGCUACGGCUGACGUGGAUGAAGAAGGGCGUCAGCCAACGGCGGGACCCGGUCUGGCGGACGCAAUGAUGAUGGAAGAUGGCGGAGAGCGACUGAGAUUCGAGGGAGGAGCGGAAAUGAUGGGCGGGAUGACGCUCAUGGUGCCGCGAGUCGAGAAGGGCGGGAAGCUGUAUGCUGCGCCAAUCAACGUAUCUCGCCAUCUCAUCCUCGUCCCCAACACCGCCACAUCCACAUCCGCAUCGAACGAGAACGCCCUCCCUUCCCUUCUCGCCACAUCGGCACUGGACGACGCGCUCGAUGCCGCCGAAGCGGAUGACGCGAUCCGGCACGCCCCCGCCAAGCGUGUUCAACCUACACAUCUCCUCAAAUUUCGGAAUCACGCUAUUGGCUCGCGAACGAGCGGGCCUGCUGGAGCGCCCGGCCGGAAAGCGCCAGAGUCCCGGAAAGCGCCAGAGUCAGCGAGGGGGAUGCCAAUCGAUGCCAUUAGUAUCCUAGCGCAGAACAAGGCGGAGAAGGCGGCAGCCAAGAAGCGGAAGAGCGAGGCCGAGGGGCGGGAUACACCCGGCAAGAAGAAGAAGAGGGCGGUAGAAGCAUGA